AUGGAAAGUCAUGAAUUUUAUGUUGAAGCUCCAUGGGGGAAAAUCGCUUGUAUAUCAUGGGGUCAUUGUAUGAAUUCACCAGUGUUGAUGGUCCAUGGUCACAUGGACAGUGCGGCAACCUUUAUUCCAAUUAUAAAGCAUUUAACUGACACAUAUUACUAUGUAGCUAUAGAUUUUCCUGGUCAAGGCAAAUCCGAUGUGUUCCCUGUUGGUCCCCUAAUAAACCAUGCUUGCUUAGUAGAAGCAAUGAAAAGAGUAAUUGAACACUUGAAAUGGCCGACUUUUGUAUUAAUGUCACAUUCUCUUGGGUUUAUAAUUGGAGUUUUCUACAACAGCAUAAAUCCAUAUAGAAUAUAUAAAAUGAUUAAUCUAGACCCUCUGCUACCGCUCUCUAAAUACACUUUCCAUGAAUCAAACCCUGCUGCGUGGUACCAAAAUAUAUAUGGUAGUUACUAUGAUAAUUAUUCAAGAUGGACUUCUGAACGCAAUAAGAAGUAUACAUAUGACAAAGCGCUCAAUCUCUUAGUGAGAAGCAGAAAUUUUACUAAAGAGCAGUCAGCGGUUGUUCUGUCAAGGUCAUUAGUGCUUUUAGAUGAUGGCAUGUAUAGG